GGACAGUUUAUGAGCACACACACACACACACACACACACACACACACUAGGGAGAUACAGACAGAGAGGGGGGAGAAAAUGAGGGGGAAAGAGAGAGAGGGAGAAAGAGAGAGAGAGAGAGAGAGAAAGGUGCUGUUUACAUAGUAAUACACAAGUCUUGAGCCAAAGUCAAACGAGAAAGAACUUGUUUGGAAGGAUGGUGUCAUUCCUUUUCCAGACUGCAAAGCACAGGGGGAGGGUCUAAUAACUGGAAAGGGGAAGAGAGAAAGAGAAGUUACCAUUACAGGCAACUCUUACUAAGCCUGGACCAAGAGAAUAGGAAGAACAAAAGAAAGAAGUGGAGGAAAAGGGAGAUCCUCAUUGCAGCUGUACUUACAGGGUGAGUUACUGUACUUGUUUCAGGUCGGUGUUAAGAGUUGGCAUGUCUUACUUUUUGAAGGUGGAAGGAAGAUUGGCAGAAGUUACCUAAUAAGGUAAAGAGUCUGCUCAGCGCAGGUAUCAAGACAGUACAGAGUCAAUGCGAGCUGCUGGUACUACCUCAGGUUGGUUUGACAAACAGCGACUGUGGACAUGUCCUAUCCACACGUGGGUUUUUAAUGACAUAAAAUUUCUGCAGACUCUAGCCGGUAAUACCUCGCAGUGGGUGGCUUCCUUCCAGUGGUUGCUCCCCGCUAAAAUCUUCCUGACCGUACAGUCAUUUGCUAUACCAGCUGAUGUGUACCAACGAUAAGUAAUAAGCUAGUAUGCGGAAGCUCCUACAGGAAGCACAGCUCAAAAGUUGACCAAGCUAGCUUACUGCUACAGCGAUGCAGCUGUGACUGGGUCGUGUAACCUACACUCACCGGAGAGAGAAAAUAAUAUUUAACUCGGUGACAGCAUAGUUGAGAGAAGUCGUCAUCGUUGCCCUGUGAGGUAAGAAAAAACGGGGCGGCGUUGUGUCGUUUCACCACCGAAACUGACCGGAGCGUGAAACGGUCGAUGUGGUGCGUUACUAGGGGUGUGUGCGUGUGGCUAACGUUGCAGCUUGUAGGGUUGAUGAUAAGCGCGAGGGGUAACACUUAACGUUUGUCACACGAGGCGUCUGGACAGGCUCGGUGGUGAGUAGCAGGUGUCAUACGUUUUUGUCAUACGUUACUAUAAUCUCAAAAUGUACGUUUGCUAAAGCUACGAAGCUAACAUGCUACCCGUUUCAGCGUUGGUAUUUGUCAUAGACAAGCGGAUGUGAUUAAACGUCAUUUAACGUUUCUUUGAAUUCUAAUUCGAAGGCCAAUGUCAGAAUUAACUAACGUUCAACCCCGGUCUUAAGCUUUGACCUAUAUUUUCCCAAUUUUACUUAAUGGUGUAUGAAUGUUAUCAACCCAACUGUCUGUCUUUUCUACGUGUAUGUGACUAUUUAGUCGUUGCUGUCAUUUGUAGAAACAUUAGUACACAGUUGGCUAAUUAUUGGGUUGUCAAAGAGGUUGGAGUACAAGGGUAUAGUAUUUUUUUUGCUGCCUGAUAAGGCCAUGUCGAGAUUAAAACAUCCCCCACUCUUUCUACUUUUAAAUCACGUCUUAAAACUCAUUUUUAUUCCUUGGCUUUUAGCUCAGCAUGAGAGUCAUUUAUGGUCCUUUUAUCACUUUUAUUUCUUUUUAUGCUUUUGUAUUUUUAUUUCAUAUUAAAUGUUUUUUACCUGCUUUUAUUUAUCCCAUCUUGAUGUUUCCUGCAUUGUCUGUUCUUUUAAUUUUAUUGUGCAGCACUUUGGUAAACUUGAAUGCAGAUUGGAUUGGAUUGUCAAUAGAAUCCUAUUAUGGUGUGUUUUACUAUUUUGAUAUGUCUGUGUAUUGCUCAUUGAAACGUCUCCAUCGUUUGAUGACCUAUAAACCUAGUUGCCUUGAUUUUCCUUCACGUCUAUGUGAGAGGAUAUGAAGAGAUCUGCCAUGGCACCAUGUACUAAUAAGGGAUGCUUGGAGAAUCCAUUCUGCAAUUUGAAGUAUUUGAAAAUCCUGUCAUUAAAGUGCUUGCGCCUUAAUUCUCAGAUAUGCCUUUUCAUUAGCAAGCAUGGAAGAGGAGCCUUAACUCAAAGCCACAUUAAGCUGUGUUUAAGAAUAACUUUAAGAAUAAAGCUCUGUCUGGGGUUAGCCUCAGCCCUCAGGUUUGUGUGCUGCUUCUGUUUGAAAAGACUGGGAUUGUAGUCACUGGCGCCCCACUAAAUUGGUGAGGCAAAUUAGAAUCUGUGAAUAAGGAUGAUGAUUUACAAAUGGCUGUGUGCUACCCUUAAUGACUGGGGUAAUGGGGAAUCUUUCCUAAUUGAGGCCUUCACGAGUCAAGACCCAUGAGAUGUUUUAGGGAAUUUCUUUGCCCCAAACCACUGCAUGUCUUGCUCUUUGAUUUAGUCUCUCAAUGUCUUUGGCCCACAUCUUAGUACUGUAUGUCAAGCAGAAGAGGUUGUUUGUGGGAGAGGUGGAACAGAAAUCACUGGCUGGUGUUACUAUCAGUUUUUGAAAUGCUGGUUGUUUAAUCUUUUGUCUAGCUAAAGUCUGAGAGGGAGCUGGUUCUCAGUGCAUGUCCACUGACCUGUAAGAUUGGGUUGUUUGUCUCCGCAUUAGUGACCCUGGCCUAGACACGCUUUUCCAGAAACUGGGUGUGCUAUUAACAUCAGAACAAUAGAGAGUUUCAUCCACAUAACACCAGUUACUGAUCCAAUCACUGAACAAACGGAAAGUGAAAUCAAUUAGGAGUUUUUCCUUUUUGCUAAAUAAUCUAAUUCUACUUUUAUUUUUUAAUACUGACCAGGAAAAUGCUUAUCAGCUCAUCACUUGGACCUUUCCUUGUACCAGUGCUUUUUUAAUAUAUAUAUUUUUUUGUUUCGUAAACUAGGUGUAUGGGACUGUUAGUUUUUCAAGGAAGAAAUACAUAAAAAAUGUUUUCAUAAACUCAAGUUCAGUAAGGCACCAUGCUGUACUACCUCCUUCUAAUGUAUUCAAAGCAGUUGUAAAGUAUAUAAACCAUGUUUAUUCUGGCUAUAACCACAAAGUAAUGAACUCCUGCUGAGUUAAGAAGUGUUCUGUUGUUCUUAGCUGUUACAUAGUCAGGGAUUUUAUGUGAAACUUCAACAAUGCAAAAAAUACAGCAAUAACUGUGCCAGGGACAGAGCUUAGCUAUGUCUACAUGGCUGAAAACAAAGUAAGAAAGGUGUGACAAGUCAAUUGUUAUUGUUUUUAUUCCAUUCUACUAUAAUUUCAUUCACUCUGUCUUGUGUGCUCACAGGGUGGAGGGUUAGGUGGAACAAGAAAAGAAAAACAACAACUAAAACCAGUGUUUGGACACUGAUUUUCUUGCUUGCGAACUUUGCUGUGAAAACUAUGGAGGUCAUAAAAUACAGUCAUCCAUCAGAAUUGUGAAGUAGAAAUGAUACUGCAGCCCUGGGUGAUGUCAUGAGUUCAUGUGGUGGGUGAGAGAUGAAUGAUGAGAAGUGGAGGAAAGCACAAAACCAAAAAGAUUGCUCAUCUUUAUAAUGUUCACAACCUCAGCUAGUUAGAUCGCUAGUCAGACUUCAGCAGUCUUCACUUGUGGAGUAAAAAAUUACAGUGAAGAAAGCAUGAAAGAUGCAAAGAAAGAGAGGUCUAAAAGAGGGGGGUUAAGCUGACAUCAUUGAAUUUAGGUGCCAAAUAUGCUUCUCAGCAAAGCGUCUCUUGACUCGGAUCAGAUUUCAAGAUAGAUUUGCUGUUGGACCUCUGAGGCUGAGUGGAGAGCUGAUUUCAUUGUUAAAGUCCCUCUGGACUGUAUCAAGGAAUAGAUGGAAUGUAUCAACACUCUUGAAUAAUUUAAGUGACUUUUGCAUAUUGAGUCAUAGAAACAAGGGAGCUUAAGCAAUUCAAUAAAAGGACUGAAUCACAGUUGUGCCCAUCUCUGUCACAUACUCCUUUUUAAAAAGCCAUUAGUGUUCAGUUCUGACCACUCUGUAUACAGCUCUUGAAGGUCAAGAGCUGUAUACAGACCUAGCCUGUCUGUCUGGUUUUUCAUUAAAUGUCCACUCCAUUCAUCAUUAUGUAGGCUUGGAUACUGGGCUUAUGAGUUGACAGCUUUUCUUCUGACAGUACACUAAAGAACACAUAUUAUAUCUCUUUCCUUUAGUUAUUGUAUUUCUCUUUGUGCAAUGAGAUCCUCAAAAUCUGCCUGCAUUAAGUUUUGCUGCCAGAGUAGUUGGCAUCUCCUUUCUGCACCAUCUUCUUUUACUGAUGCAUGCAGCAAUUUUCUGAAUUAUUUAAGUAGAAGAAAAGAAGCAGAGCUUAUUUUGUAGGCGGAUCAUUUUUAAGAUCAGUGAGUGAAUCACGUUGUUCCUCUUUUUUUUUUACUUCUGACAGUAUUAGCUGUAAUGACGUUUCACUAGGAAUUAUACCCAGAGUUGGAGUUUGAUCCAGUAAGAAAAGAGAACAACUUGUGUUUAUCAGUGACAUAGACACCCAGCACAUAAAGCACAUCACAAUCUGCAUCAAAACGGUUGGUAUUCAUACCUAAACUAAAAAAAAAAGAUAGACAAUGCCACGUGGGUGAAAAAGUGUAACCAUAAGCUACAUUUACGAUUCAUAACAGGAUGUCUCUGACUUUCCUGUGAAGAUGUGAGGAACAUGUUGGCCUUGGACAUAUGAGGGUUUAACAUCAGUAAAACUUUGAUUUUGAGGAAUUGAUCCUAAAAGCAGAAGAGAAAGGGUCUCACUUCUUUUGCAUCAGAGAAGCUGGUUAUGUCACGAGUACCAGAGAUACUUUUGAUAGCUUGAAGGGGUAUAUUUCCUGUCAGGACUUGAUGUACUGCUUGUGUGACUCAACCAAGUGCAACAAGGAUGAGAUCCUUCAACUUUUUCCAGGUAGUUUAGCUUUUACUGUUGGCUCUUCCCAAGUUUUCGGAAUCGUUUUUUUUUCCUCUAAAAAUUAACAAUUAUUGUAAACGGUAAACUAAUGAUAGCCUCCACUUUUGAAUCUGCAGUGUAAACAAAGUUUUUGUGGCUUUUGCAGAGGCCUAGCUGACAACUACUGAACAUUUUGUGCCCAGGGAAUCUGUGGAUUUUGAGAAUUUGAAAAGGUUAAGACACUAGAAAUGUGACUACAAGGAGACACUUUUUGAAAGUCUUGUCAGGUCAGGUUAAUGGGUACUAUCAUGAUGUUAUAAUGCUAUUCUACCUAGAUGUAAACAAGCCCAGAAGACAGAUUGCAUCUAGUAGGUUGGUGCAGUUUGUCUGUAUUUUGAUCCAGAAAAUAAAGUUGUAUUUGAGCCGUGUAAUGUUAACUUGGCAACCACUUAAAUGGAGCAAUGCAGAAACAGCAUGUGCUGGUGGAUAUCAAACAAGGCGGCCCAAAGGCUGGUGAUGCUGGCUCUGAUAAUGUUCGCCAUACUUGGCAAACCAGUUUUAUAUUGUUUACUCUGUGAUUCUGUAUUCAGUCAUGUAGAACAAUUAUGCUCAGUUUGUAAAAUUCCCCAUAUCAACCUUUGAUACCAGGAUGUUGGCGUAUUCCAGAGUGCUCUUGUUAAAUUCUGUAGUUCUUUAUCAACAUUUAGUUCUUACAAAGAGGAAACAAGAGCUACAACCUUAAAAUUCAUCAUUUUACUUCAUAGACAGCAGCCUCUUUGCAGUAAAGGAAACGUUAACACAACCUUAAUUACAUUUUUGAGGAAAUAAACAUUGAUUGGACCUUUUUCACGUUACCUUUUGAUCACAGUCGACUGAGAAAAUAGUCUUACAAUCCCUUUUGAAACUUUUCUGGAGUAAUAUCUUUUUGAAGCCUCCAGAGUUCAUUUAAACUGAAAAAUAAGAUCCAUUAGAGUUAACAAAUCUCAGUCAUGUCCAGGUUAGAUGUUGUUGUUGCAUGGCACCUAUCGCUCCACCUGUUAAAAGCUGUGUAAAUUGUUUGAACAUUAAUAAGCGGAUGAUUGGAAGUAUGCAACUACUUCAGAGCUCUGGGGUGGAACAGCUUUUUAAAAAGCAGAGGGUGAGUUAAGACGGUCAGUGUUUGUACAUAUGCAUGCACUCAUGAAGUUUAUGUAUGUUGUUGAUGGGGAUCAGUAGAACAAGUGAGUGACUUCAGGUCGUGUUCCAGAGAGGUGGCUUGCAGGGAAAUAUGUCCAAACUUUGAAUCACAGAGGACAUAAACAUUUGUUUAACCAGCAGCAUUUUUGAGGCAAAUAUUUAAACUCACUCUCUUUCUGACGCACCCCUCAGGAAAAUAUUAAGAUAGCUGCUCUCAUCCCUGUUUAACAAGACUUCCUCUUUUCAAGAGGAACCUGCUAUCAUUUUGUUUUAUGUCCCUGUAUACAGCCAUGUGUUAUGCAUUUCGUAAAUCUUCUCUGGCAUUUGGGAAUGCCACUAUUUCUGCUGCAAAUGUGUGGCCUGAGGAAAUUUUCACACACUUUUCUCUCAUUCCACUGUAGACCAUUUACCAAGAACAACAACACUGGAUUUGUUGAAUGCCUGCAGAUUAUUUUUUUAUUUUCAUUGAAUUUUCACAAAACACAUUGACAGAAUUACAUUUUAAGAGACAUCACUUUAACUCAACUUUAGGUGAGUUUUACAAAGACUUGACGGGUCUAGACAGCUGUAACCCAAAAUUGAAGUGUACAACAGUUUUGUAAUGACAGGAAAUGCUCAACAAUAAGACCAGAUCACAACUGUCAAACUGCAUUUUUGGGAAGUUAACUUUUGACAUUUUCAGUUCUACCUGUAGUUGUACUUCAGCUUUUGGUUUGUAUAAAGCUGCAGUGCAGUGAAAUGCAACUUAUUACUAACACAUAUAUGUUUGAAUUCUUACAUGCAUAUAGUUAUUUUUGUCACCUUUUCGAUAUUAAGGUGCAAACUACAGUUAAUCUGGUUACAAUUAGUGUGUGGUUUAGAACUGUGACUGUCCAAAUGUUUUACCGAUGUGUCACCACCACUAAUUCUCUACCAAAAGACCCGACAUGCUAACACUGCCAAGGAAUGUGAGUCCUUUGAAUUUGGUCAGCUUCAUUAUGUUGGGUAUGAGAGAGAGUCCUCUGUAUUUGGGGUUCUUUGCACAUCACUACAACCUGUUUGAUGUUGUUGUUGUUAUAUAAGAGGAACUUCUGUAUGGGUAAAUAUGCUCCUGUGCUGAGCCUGACUGUUCUCCUUUUUUUCUUUAUGUUUAUUCUCAGGUAAACACUCAGAAUGGAGGACUCCAGUAGCAGUAAGCCUGUAAUGGUGACGUCCUCUCUGAACUUUAAAGUCACCACCCCGUCUUUCUACAACCAGCCAAAGAAGUUUGCCUCUGUGGCACCACCAAGACCCAAAAGUGUGACCCCUCCCUCAGCCCCAUCACCAACACCAAUAGGCACAGGUGUGAUCGGUCGAGUGGGAGAUCUUCCACCGCCACCGUCUUCGCUUUGUGAUGGUAUUUGCAUUAUUUAUGCCAUUUGCUGUACCAUUUAGUGACUAUAUUUAGUUUUAUCCUCUCAGGCAGCAACCCUCCCAGAUCCUAACCCCUGCUGCUUUUAAAGCUACAGCAUGCUGAGAUACAAGCACAGUUGUUUUGCUAUACUACUGCUUUAUGGCCCAUUUCUGAGACAUGACUUCAGUGUACUGCAGUUACUCUGUUCUAGUCUAACACUUAGAGUAGGUUUAAUACCUUGACUUUAGGGGAGUUACAUCUUGGGAGCUGUGCAAAAUUACCAAUAGUUUAAAUACAAAGAUUUCUGAUUACUUUCACAGACUCAGUCUGACAACUUUGCCAAAUCAUAAGUAAUCUGUGAAGUUGUUGACACCUGGAGAAAUGGUACAAAGAGAGGGUUCCUGUUGUGUUUUUUAAUUAGUACAUGAUGUAUACAUAUGCUCGAGCAUAAUUAUACCAGCAGCUUAUUUCUAUCUAUUCCCAUGGGCCCCUUUUUCAUUCAGAAUUCACAAUCGCACUAUUAUUAACCCAACUUUGUACUUUUACGAGAAGUGCACAGCGCCAUGAUAUCUGUGUCCCAGUGUGUGGUUUCGAUUGUGUUCAGAUAUGAACACAUAGCGCUGUUCUGCCAUGUCUGCUCUGAGUUUUACAGUGCGACAACACCAUAUCUCCCCUCAAAACGAAUAACUUAUUGUCAUAUGUUUUGUAAAUGCCUGUGUUUAACAGGUUUGUUGGUUCCAAGAAUACUCUGAACAUUAUACUUAAUCUUGAAAAAUUUUGUUUUUGAUGACACAAACACUCAGCUCCCCUUUAAUGCAAUAAAACAGACAGUAAGGAAUCACUUCUACCCGAUUGCUCUUACUUUUGCAUCACAUUCCCAAAUGACUUAUGUUUCAAAAUCACUGGAGCAGCUAAAUGGCAUCAAAUGCGCCAAAAAUUGUCCAAACUUUCCCCACAGUUGUUUUUACUUAUUUUUAUGCCUAUUUUUGAUGUUUUAAGUAACAUGUUGAUAUGAAAGCGCCCAGCGUAACUAAUAAAUGACAAAUAUUUAUGAUUUAAAUUGAGGACAAGUUCAAACUGAGUGAUGAGAAAUCAUUAUGUCACAGCUUUUAACCAAUCAACCCUCCUUAUUUCUGUCAGACUUCCCACCCCCUCCUCCUCCACCGAUGGAUGAUGAUUUGCCAGCCCCUCCCCCUGAAUGCCAAACCGUACCCUCUGCCUCUGACAUCCCUCCUCCCGCCUUCCCUGCUCCACCUCCAGUAGCUGAUGACCUGCCCCUCCCAGCCCCCCCUGAAGAGAGUGCCUGUCUGCCCACUCCCCCUUCUCCCCCUCCGCCCCCACCUCCUCCACCUGCACCUGCUUCAAGUACCAGUAUUCCUAGUGCUGCUGCAGUUCCCCAGGUAAGUCGUGGUGGUUUCAACAGACUUACCCAAAGUUGCUUUGCCUGUCUGCAUGUUUCUUCCUAAUGAUGCUUGUUAUUGGCGCACAGUUUAAUUAGAUAGUCAGUUAGAACACUUCGGUUAUUGUUGUGGGACUAUAGUGAGUUCAUGGAGUGUUGGCAGAACACGAUGUCUUUUGACAUUUUCCCAUAAAUGAUAUUAGCGAUAUCUGGGUUAAAUCGCCUGGUUUCAUAACUUCUAACAGGAUUAGAGCCCAUUUAUGGAACUAAAAUGGUUUCAGACAUGCAGCAAAAGGUUCAUUACAGAGAUGUUGACAGUAGGAGUAGACUGGUUUCAGCUUGUUUGACAAGCAAUAAAAGGCAGUAAUGUAGGGCGUUAGACAUGAUAGACACAGCUUAAAAAAGUACAUCAAUAAGAAAGGGUUGAAAAAUGAUGUAUACCAGUGUGCAUCUUGAUUAAAUUACUGAACAGUUAAUGCUGCAUUAUUCCUGUUAAAAGUGAAAUGUUUCAACCAGAGAGAUCAAAAUUCAGUAUAAUUUACUCGAUUUCAUCAUCAAUCACUUCAUUUUUCAUCAUUAAUUCUUUCAUUUUGUCAGACACAACAUCCCAGCAUGAGUAACUUUGCAAGCCCAACUUUUAGUUUCUGUCACACAAACUGUUCAUAAAUAUUUCUCACCAUCAUCCACCUUCAGCCUGCUCUGCUUUAUUAUUUACUAUUUGUGUACAAACACAAUAAAACCCUUUGUGACAAUUACCUCCUUCUCUCUCCUUUCACCAGAGGCUGUAUGAGAAACAGACCAGCUUUGACAGACAGCUUGACUCUCUAACUGACUUGUUGUCUGAGAUGGAGACCAGAGGACCAUUCAACCCUAAGGUACGAAGCAUAGAGGGCUGGAAAAUCCACUUAAGAAAAACAAACUUAAGACAUAUGAAUAUCAUUACUAAAGCUCAACAAAAGAUUAGAAGAAAUUAAGGCUUGGCAAUGAGUCAGAUUGUAGUUUCAAUCAUGUUUAUGGCUCCCCAUGAUAAUGAAGAUGUGAUAAUCGAGACUGAACAUUAUUGUGCUGCCUGCCACCUGUUCCUUCCUAUAAAUGUGAUGAAACCCACCCACCUUCCCCCCCAAGAAACUCUGUCUUUCAGUUAAUCAUAAGCAGCUCAGAUCAAUGUGGAACAAAGUUUAGGAGGAAGUUGAAGAUUAAUGGUGGACUGCUGUUAUCUCCAACACGUUGUGCAGCAGUUGUACAAAGUAUCAGUCCGCCACAAGUGGAGAAAGGAUAGUGGGUAGAGGAACAGGAGGAGGCAAUUGAGUGUCAGAACAGCUGAGGGGGUAAGCGGAUUGAGCAGAGAGAGGCUGUAGUGAUCACAAGCAUGCAUGAGCUCGAAUGAGCUAACGAGUGCCGGGCUAAAAAGUCAGAUAUCGUUCUGGAUCAUGAUAAAAUACAAGCUCAAGUCUUGACAUUGUAAAGGAUGUUACAUAAAAGCUUGAGAAGACUGAAUGAUUUGUUAGAUCUAAGCGAUAUAAGAGUGCAAAUACUUUCUUAUGACACUGUAAAAAUACUUCACACGUGAAAUCUGGCAGUAUUCGAAUUAGUGGUAAAGAAUCUAUGCGUGGUCAUCCAGUUAGACAGACAGUCAUGCGUAAUGUGUAAAUGCAUAUGAUGCUGAUGUCAAACCAUGAGUAAUCAUUCAUACUAAUCGUGGAUAUCAAUCAAAAUUGUUGUGAUGAUCAAUUUUACCAUAAUUGAACAGCCCUUGAAGAGAUGUGACAGCAUGCUUUAAUAACAGGAGGCCUAACUGUUGAAAAAGAGAGUGAGUCACAAAGAGAUGGACAGGAAAAAAGUAAGGUAGGGAGGUCAGGGGAAAUAGUUUGGAAUGAUGUCAUGCUGGUCUCAUUUGUCCCUCUCUUCAUCUGUUCAGGUUGAAAGCUCAACAAUAAGUAAACUGUACAUGCAGCACACUGACUGACAGAGAAAACAAAAUGUGAGGUAGCUGGUGAUUCACACUGAGAGGAGACACUUUGAAGGGGGGGGGGGGGGGGCACAGAAUAGAGUGGAGUGCAUGAGAGUGUGAUUAAGCCAAAGUGUGCUGCCAGAGACCCAGUGAGAGGGCCAUAAAUGGAGAGUGAUUUUAUCCAACUGGGAGGUACUGGAUCCGGGCAGAAUAAUGUUGGCUCAAAACAGCAAAAUAAACGUCUGGAAGAUGAAGCACUUCUGAUAAGUUCACAAACUGCAGAACACUUGAUUGUUCACUUUUAAUCACACCAAACCCUUUGAUAUAAUAGGUCUCUGCUUUCAGCUUCUUCAAAGUUUAUUGUUACAUGUCAUACAUUAAACUUCCUCUGUUGAAUUGUAGUUAAUUUAAAUGGAAGUUUUAUGUUUCAAGACAAAAUAAACUCUUGUAUAGACUCCACAAAAUCAUUUUGUUGUUAUUUUAUCCACAGUUACCAAGCCAGUAUUCUUCAGCACCAGCGCCCAAGCCUCCAGCUCCCCCUCCAACUGCUCCUAAACCAACUCUCUCCUUCCUCCCACCCCCUGAAAUGGGAGAUCGCCCACCUCCAGCACCCUGGGCAGAGGAACUCAAAGCCAGAACGAACCGACAAGCCAAUAACAAUUCUGCACCAAACUCUGCUGCUCAGCCAUUUGCCAAGGCCCCCACUGUGGCUCCCAAGUCUGGUUUUGGUGGAAGACCAACAACAUCAUCAGCUUCCCUAGCACAAAAACUGAAUCAGAACCUAAACCAGACCACUACCCCGAUCGGUGGUGCACCAAAACCAUCCCCAAUCACUGCUACCAGCUCUUUCCCUCCAAUCCCCGCGGCUCCCCCUGCCGCACCUCCUGCUCAGCCUAACAAUGUGGCGCCUGCCCCUGCCUUUAAUCACAUAAAGAGCUCUCCCUUUGCUGGUCAGGUGAACGCGAACCAAAACCCUCCUGCUGCUGUGCCUCCUCCUCAGCCCAAGAUGAUGGCAUCUGCCCCCACUUCUUUUAACCAACCAAUGAAAACUCCACCUUCAUCAACAGUACGUUCCAGCUUUAUCCUGAAUGUACACAGACAUAGGGCGCAUAAAUACUUAAGGUCCAAGUCAACAGAACAGAGUCAUGCAUUUAUGGGCAUGCACCACCAGCACUUGUGCUCUGUAAGGCAUGUCUGAUUUAAGUAUGUUAAUAAUGUAUAUGUAUGUACUUACAGCUAUCUGUCUAUGUGUGUGUGUGUGUGUGUGUGCGUGUUUGUGUGUCCAAGCAGCCCUCACCGCCUGGACCAGUUCCUAUACCUGGUGGAGGUGUUCCACUGAAUAUGAGGGAAGUGGAGGAGCUGGAGAGAAUGACCAAGGACUUCAUAAAAGACAUGGACACCCAUGCACCUGUCAUCACUUCUCCUCCCACGGGUAUGUGCACACACAAGUACACACGUACACACACACACAAGGGAGUGUAAAGGUGUAGUAUUCAUGGAGAAACAAAGUGAAAGGGAUUUAAGCUUUCAGACAAACAUGUUAAGAUUUAAUGUUGCAUAUUGUGCCUGUACAUCUAAAAAUAUCUGUAAAAGUUUAUAAGGGUAAACGGGUACAAAUAGUUUUUAACCCUUAUCAAGCAGGGGGCGAGACGAGUAAACAGAAAAGCAGCAGAGCUUAAAUAAAUGAUUUAUUUUUUUCUGCAAAUUCUCUUUUGUUCAACCUUUUUUAAUCAUUUGUCUCCCUAUGCGUAUUUAAGAGGUCUGUGGAAAGUGCGGUGAGGCUCUAUCUCGCACCCAGCCAGCAGUGAGGGCCAUGGACAAACUCUUCCACUCCAACUGUUUCUGCUGCAUGAGCUGUCAUCGCCCCCUGCAGGGCAUGCAGUUCUAUGACAGGGAUGGAUCUCCUCAGUGUGAGGACUGCUAUGUGGUGAGGAGAAACUCAAAUUGUGUUUUUGUUGGUUAUCAUACAGUUUUGUGCUGUGCACAGUUGUGUUGAUCCAAAUGUUAUGUGUAAAUACAGCUCAUAUCUGAAUAUAGUUGUGUUUGAUUUCAUGUUUUCAACAAAAGGCAAACAAAAUGUGCUCACAGUAGUGUACACCACACUGAUGAGUACACACCAUUAGUAAGAAGUGCUCAGGGCAUAUAUCAUUGGGUGUUCUGAAUGAUGACUUAGCUAAUAAACUAAAUUCUGUGCUCCUUAGUGACUAAAUACAUGGAUAUCUUACAGUUCUAUCUAAUGCUCUCUCUGCUGCUCCUCAGAGUUCUCUGGCGGUGUGUUCUCGAUGUGGGGAGAAGAUAACAGACCGUGUGCUGAAGGCGGUGGGACAGUGUUUCCAUGCCCAUUGCUUCAGAUGCAGCACCUGCUCUUGUGUACUUGAGGGGGCACCCUUCAUAACUGAUGACAACAACAACCCUUACUGUGUCCAGGACUACCACAGGUAGCUACUAGCUGUUUCUUGUCUUUACCCGUUUAUUACAUUUUCUUGUAUUUUAAUUUUGUACUUAUUUAACCAAUGUAGUUUCUUUGCACCAGGAAAUAUUAGCUGUAGGAACAUGUUUUGAUAAAACAUUUUUGCAAUGUUUGAAGAAAUCCAUCAGUUUUAUAUUGAUGUUAUCUGUCAAGGUGACCGAGGAGGGUUGUAUUGCUGAAUGAGGAAGGCCCCCAUUCUGCAUACAUUUUCUGAAUCUCCUUUUUUUUAAUCAAGAAAAGUCAUCAAAGUUAAAAAUAAAACUUGCUUGUCCACCUAAUGCUGAUAAAUUGUAAAGCAUACUUGGCCGUGCAAAACACGUACUUAGGUUUGAUGAAGAUGACUAACCUAAUAAUUGCUAGUUGACAAAUUUUUGUUCACUUUCAUCGAAAUGAUUUGCCUGUUGUUUUGUUUUGUGUUGUUUGUUCUUUUUGGCUAACUCCCUUUUUUUUUUUUGUCUGUCCGGGACAGGCGUUUCUCUCCUCUGUGUGUGAGCUGUAAUGAACCCAUCAUUCCAGCCCCAGGCAGCGAGGAGACGGUCAGAGUGGUGGCUCUUGACAAGAAUUUCCACCUUAAGUGUUACCGCUGUGAGGUAAGAGAUUGAAAAAGAGAAUCCUUUCAUCAAAUUAAGUGUGUCAUGUAGUGCGUUUGAUAAAGACCCCGGAGGAGAAUUUAACUGAAUCAGUAUUUAUGUGCUUGCAGGAUUGUGCUCGUCCUCUCUCCAUAGAAGCAGAUGAAAAUGGCUGCUAUCCGCUUGAUGGCAAGAUCCUGUGUAUGAAGUGUCACACUCAGCGAGCCAAGCAAGCAGCGCAAUGAAUGGCUGAUGCAUGUCACAGAUCAACAACGAACCAAAUCUAAAAGCACAGGAUUCAUUUGGCUGCCAUUCUGCCUUUGCAACGGGGCUUUAUUCAGUAUAGGUGUGCAAGUGUGUGUGAAUGUGUAGAGUGAAAGGGUAUGUUUGCAUGCAGAUACAGUGUAGUAUUACCCCAUCUGUUCACUUCAGUGCAGAGGUAAUGUACUGCAUUGAAAUUAACUCCACUCAUCUUGUAUUCUGAACCUCUCACCCUCUAACUCCUCAUCUGGCCCUCUUUGUGUUACGGAGUGUAUUUUUUUGUGCCAAUUCUAUGUUUACGCUAAAAUUUCAAGCAAAACUUGCACACAACAGUUUGUUCAGAAGAGCAGUCUGAUGUAUAAAGUUGCCUUUCUUUUUCUCUCAAUAUUGUAGCAACAUGAACUAAAAUAUUUCCAUCUUACAUUCACCGACUGGUCUCUUUCCCUGUGGGUAUUGUAGCUACGUUGGGACAGAUAGUGAACCACAGGGUGACGAGUAGCAGGGACCUCCAUCUGAGCAUUCUGCAGAUUUAACCACUCUGGUUAGCUGUUGGUAGAACAUAUCGUUGAAACUUUGGCAGAUGUGCCUGCAAGCAUGACUAAUGUUGAAUACCUGACUAAAAAGUGCUUCUUAUCAGCCAAUCUACUCUUGAUAGCUUUUCGAAGCCAUACAUGGCUAAACAUUGACUGCAAAAAUGAUAAAAAUGUUGAAUGUUUUUGUUAGUUUUUGUGAUGUGAAUUUGAGCAUUUACAGGCAUGCCUUGAAUUAUGUCUUGUCUCUCUUUUAUUUGAUCAAACAUGCUGUAUUAGGGCGCAACAAAAAUCUGCAUCUUUCCCUUAAAAAAAAAAAGUUCAGAGCUGUUAAGGCAUUGUAUUUGUAGAUGCAUGCUUUUGGGAUGCACUAAUUGUGAACAAAUACUGAGCACAGAUUUGCAAAGCACAGAGUCCCUUCUAGGGUUCUCAUAAAUACAAAAAAAGCUGUGUAAUUAAAAAUGUCAGCUGAAUGGCUGAAAGCGGGACCUAUUACGUGAUUGUUGCACAUUUCCACAGUGAAAUAAAACUACCCUUUAGUGUCAAGUUGACUCUAAAGCCCCUGCUCAUGAUCAAUUUAGUUUCAGUAAAUGCCUUUAGAGACAUAAAAGUAGCUUUUGAUAUGCAUUCCUCUGGAAUCCUGCUUUAAACACAACACUUCAUGGACCUGUUUUCAUUAAGUAUUGAGGUUGUUUGAGAACCAGUGCUAAAAUAACCUCUUAUGUAUUGUAUUAUCCAUUAGAGGCAUUAGUGUGAGGUUUAGAUAACUGAUGGUAAACCAUAGUGACCAAACAUUAGAAAGCGUUUGAUAAGACUGAGGAUGACACAGUAUAAUGGGAUUGUGUUUUAAUUUUCAUGUGGUUUUAUCACCUUUUAAUGUGUUUGAGCCUGGUUAUUUUUGGUCCUCGAGUCUCUUACAGUUAAUACCACUAUUCUUUACAUUAUUCCUCUUUUGAACUGUAGCCUGUUCAUAUCUGUUUUAUACUAUAUUCUUAUCUUACUGUAAUGUAUUUCAUAAUAACACUUAACUUUAUUUGGUUUCAUGUUCAACCUGAAGGUAUGUCUUCUCUUCUGUCGUAUUCCAUUGUUACAUUUGAAUUGAGCCUGGAAUUGAAUUGAACAAUCGUAAUUGUGCUAAAAUUGGGCCUGGUGUGUUACAUCACCAGAAUGACUAAGAUAGCACUAGUUACUCAGCGUUGCAUGCUAAUUGUGUAGGUGGUGGUGACAUCUCUUCAAGUAUUGUCUUUUGUUUGCACCAACUUCACCUUCAUGGCCCUACCUUUAUCAUCACAAUGUGAUCUUUUAAUGAUGAUGAUGCCUUCACAGUCGUAUUUAGGUGGCAUUUUGUUACGCUAUGUCCCAUUGUAUAACAUGCAGAUGCCUUGUCUUUUCAUAUAACUUUUUUUUUUUUAUAAAUUCCUGUUUGAUAUGUGUGAAGGUGUAUGUGUUUAAAGACAUUAUUUAGCCCCAGGCCUUCCCCUUUGGCUGUAUCAAAAGAUAAAUAAAUGAAUGAAAUGCUAAAUAUCAAA